AUGAUUCAAAUUCAAUCGAAGUUUUCGAAUAUCGUUGAAGAAAUUUUUAACAUAAUAAAAUUAUUAAAAAAGGUAAUUUUAUACUUAGAACUUAGAUAUAGUCAUAUAAGCAUAAUAUAUGAUGUCUUAGAGACAUUUGGCUUAAUACCAUAUCCAAAAAUAAUAACGCAAGUUAUAGAAGAAAAACCUAUAGAUGUUGAUGGAACUUUAAUUUAUCCAUCACUAUCUCAUCCGAAUCCAAAUGGCACAGAGUUUGAUAAUCUUUAUCUUGAUAUGAAUGGUAUAGUUCAUCCUUGCACCCAUCCGGAAGAUAAACCAGCACCCACAAAUGAGGAUGAAAUGAUGCUUGAAAUAUUUAAGUAUACAGAAAGAAUCAUCAAUAUGGUUAGGCCUAGGAAACUUUUAAUGAUAGCACUUGAUGGUGUAGCACCAAGAGCUAAAAUGAAUCAACAAAGGUCAAGAAGAUUUCGAGCUGCCCAAGAUGCAGAAAAGAAAGCAUCUGACUUAGAAGAAUUUUUAAAACUUUUAAAAGCCUCAGGAAAAUCUAUAGAUGAAACUUUAGAAAAGAAGAAAGCAUGGGAUAGCAAUGUCAUAACACCAGGGACACCCUUUAUGGAUGCUUUAGCAAAAUCUUUAAGAUAUUGGAUUAUUUAUAAAAUCAAUUCGGAUGUUGCAUGGAAAAAUUUGAAAGUAAUUGUUUCAGAUGCUAGCGUUCCUGGAGAAGGAGAACACAAGAUUAUGGAAUUUAUAAGAAGUCAAAGAUGUAGUCCAGGAUACGAUCCUAAUACUCAACAUGUUAUAUAUGGGUUAGAUGCUGAUCUUAUUAUGCUUGGACUUGCUACUCAUGAGCCUCAUUUUCGAGUUUUGAGAGAAGACGUUUUUUUUCAGGAUGCUAAUUCAAAAGGUUGUCAUAUUUGUGGUCAAAUCGGUCAUUUUGCAAGAGAAUGCACUGGUGUUAAAAAAAAAGAUGAAAUAGUUGAAGAAAAACCAAACCAUUCUUUCCUAAAACCUUUUAUUUGGCUUCGUAUUGAUAUUUUGAGAGAAUAUUUAGAAGCGGAACUUAAUAUUCCAAAUACUUCUUUUCAAUUUGACCUUGAACGUGCUAUAGAUGAUUGGGUCUGCCUAUGUUUUUUUGUAGGAAAUGAUUUUUUGCCACAUUUACCAAGUUUAGAUAUACACGAAGGGGCAAUUGAAACCUUAGGAAAUAUAUGGAAGGAAAAACUUCAUGAAAUGGGAGGCUAUUUAACUAUGGAUGGAAAAAUAGACUUAAAACGAGCCGAAAUCAUUCUUCAAGCAUUAGGUCAGCAAGAAGAUCACAUAUUUCGUAAAAGACACGAAACAGAAGAGCGGUUAAAUGAAUCGAAUAAACGAAGAAAAAUAGACAAAAACAUUUCUUCUCAACAUUAUAAAAAAACGUCACAAGAAAAAACUCUUUUAUAUAAUGCUAAUUCUGGAAAUACAGAAUUAUCUAGCUCCAAAUAUAUACCUUAUUUACCAAACGAUCUAAUAAUGCCUUCAAACAAAGAAGAUGUGAAAAUGAUUACAAUAACAAAUAGAAAUGCAGUCCUUAAUAGAAAAAAUUUAAAAUUAGCCAAUAAUACAAAUAAAAAUGCAAUACAACUAUUAAAAGAAAUAAAUAACGAUAAUUCAGAAGAAACUCAAGAAAUAAGUUCUAUUGUAAAAAAAUCAUACAAUUACCAAAAUUGUGCUGUUAGUACAAAAUCAUCUAUUCUUGGAAAACGUAAAGCAGAUACAUUAGAUGAUAUUUCAAAACAAAACUCAGCGCAUGAUAAUAAUCCAGAUAAUGUACAAGAUACUGUUCGCCUUUGGGAACCAGGCUUUCAAAAAAGAUAUUAUGAACAAAAAUUUCAUAUUUCAGAAUUAGAUAUAGAGUCUCGUAGAAGAAUUGUCGAAUAUUAUAUAGAAGGAACUUGCUGGGUAUUACUAUAUUAUUAUCAAGGCUGUCCAUCGUGGAAAUGGUAUUAUCCGUAUCAUUAUGCACCUUUUGCAUCUGAUUUCAAAAAUAUAUCAUCUUUAAAUAUUCAGUUUGAACUCGGAAAGCCUUUUCUACCUUAUGAACAACUAAUGGGUGUUCUUCCUUCUGCUAGCAAAGAUAGCCUUCCAAGACCAUUACAAUCUCUUAUGAUAGAAGAACAUUCUGAAAUUAUUGAUUUUUACCCAAAAGAAUUCCCUAUUGACAUGAAUGGAAAAAAGUUUUCAUGGCAAGGAGUUGUUUUACUUCCUUUUAUUGACGAAAAAAGACUCCUUAAAGCUAUUGAGAAAGUAUAUCCACAACUAUCAGAAGAGGAAAAAUCCCGAAAUACUAUAGGAAAUGAUACUCUUUUUAUAUCAGAAGGGAAUGCCUUAUACGAUAACUUAAUUCUAUCUUUAUGUAGUAAGAAAAAGGACUCUGAAAAGUCUAUUAAACUAAAUACAAAAUUAAGUAAUGGCCUCUCAGGUAUUGUUUUACAAGAUGAAAAUUGGAUCCCAAAUAGCACAAUAUUUAGUCCUUUAACAAAAGUAUCUUUUCCAGAUGUUGAAAAUGAUAGAUCAUUAAGUCUUAUUUACAAAAUAUCUAAAUCUUCAAAUAUUCAUAAGUCAAUGCUUUUACGUGGCGUAAAACUUAAUAAAAGACAUUUAGACAUUAAUGAUAUACGACUAGUUCAUUUAGGAUUAUCAAAUCCGCAAAAAAAUAAUUCUUCACAGCAUUUUUCUGGAUAUAUAAAUUUAAACAAUAUUUUUUCAAAACAGUGUAAAACACCAGAAACUAAUGUCAACCCAAAUCCUAGUACUAUAUCUUUUCAUAAUCAAAAUGAAAGGAAAGAACAUUACUACAAUUUUAAUAUCUAUAAUCAUCAAAAAUAUCAUGACACUUCUCAAAAAAAAAGUCCAUUACAUUAUCCAAAUUAUCAUAAUGAAAUAAACCAGAAUAAAUCACCAUGGCUUAGAAACUAUUCAGCAAAAUCUGAUAGCUAUAAAAACUACUUAGAGUUUCCAUCAAAUUAUUCAAAUACAUAUCCUUAUAAUCAUCAUUACCAAUAA